GUUCCUAUGACUAUUUUAUGAAUAUUUGUCUUGGUAUAGGGUCCUGUACAGUCCACAGUGAGUGGGAGAGAAAGAGCAUCAGUACAGAGAGAACAUUUCCUGAUAUUUGGAAGCCAUCCGAACUCUUUCAAAAGUGCCACAAGUUAUGCUAUUCACUGACAGAAGAAGUUGAAGAGAGUAAUAUUAAGGGAAAGACUGUGACAUUGAAACUGAAGACUAGUGCUUUUGAAGUGAAGCAACGCUCGAUGACUUUCCCCAAUCCUAUAAGCUCCUUUGCUGAUAUUCACAAAGCAGCAAGGAUCCUGCUAGAAACAGAAAUGAAGAACAAUUCUCAACUGAAACUCCGUCUAAUGGGAGUUAGAUUAUCUAGUCUUGAAGGAACCAGUAAAUCCCCUAGUAAAAAGAGAAGCAGCAGUGCUGCUUCUACUCUAUCACUGGACAGGUUCUUUUCACCCGAGGAGAAAGCAGAGUCAAGUACCAUGGAAAGUAAAAGAGUCAAGAUGUCUGAGGAAGUUCAAAGAAAUUCUGAAGAUGGUUUUGAAACAAAGAUGUCUGAGGAAGUUGAAGGAAGUUUGGAAGAUGGAUUCGAGACCUCAUCAAUUGAAAUGAAAACUUGUUUACAGUGUCCUAUAUGCAAUAAAGAUGUACCUGGUGAUAAUGCUGCACUGAACCUACACGUUGAUGAGUGUCUUAACCAGUCCGCCAUUGAAGAGAUGUCUAUUGAUCCUGCUGAUGUUAGUAUCUGUAGCUCUAUUGGUAAUAAGAGCUUUGAAAUGUUGCAACAGCCUUCUACAGGCAAGACCACAAGUAAAUCGGCUAGUCCAUUAUCAAGAAGUGUGAAAAAGAAGUCACAGAAAACUGGCCAACAGAAUUCAAAAGGUAGCUCUUCUAAAAAGGGAAAAGCUGCCGUUUCGACACCAGUCAAAUCACUCAAAUCAUUCUUUGUUUAGACAUUAGACAGCACAAUUAUUGUAAUAAUGUAAUGAUAAUGUGAAUAAUUUCAAUAAUAGAAUUUAUGUUGAUG